CUGCCCUGGGGAGCUGCCCCCAGCCCCGCUAGGGCCGAGCCCUCAGCGCCCUGGGCCCCCCACCCCGGGGAUGGCCGAGCCGGCGGGGCCCUUUCACGCCCUGUGGCUCGGGGAUCAGCAGUUUCUGUGCUACUGCUCCGCGCAGGACAGCGGCGGCUUCAAUAUCUAUGUAACCAAUGCAUCUGAGAUGUGGAGUACAAAUUUCACCCUGGAGAAGUUGGAAGGACAUAAGGCCCAGAGUGGGAUGUGUCCUUCUGAAGAUUACAGCACAAAGUUCAGAGAAGCCUUUGAGCACAGAGCUGCUGCCUUGACAGUACAUGACAGCAAAGCCACCCUGCAGCUGAAGGAAGGUACCUGGAGCUUGACUUUUGAUCUAUUCAAGCUACCCUGCUCUGAAGCUAGGAAACAGUUGCAGGCACUGAUGUUUGGCUUAGUGGGGCAUGUCAGCAGCCUGGAGAAACGUCUUGAAGCUGCAGAGGAUGCUACCACUGUUGCUGCUGCUUCAUGCAGUCCAGAGAAGAACCUGCUCCAGAGCCAAAGGCUGUUGAUCCCAGACCUGAGUCCCAGGAAGAACAGGGGAGGUGGCUCAGCCAUGACAGCCAAGAGACGAGUCCCAGGAGAGUCUCUCAUUAACCCGGGAUUCAAAAGUGUGGCCAGGUGUCCGGUCAGAUGUAUUGACUGGACACCCAAAGUCCGGUUACCAUGGCAGGAGGUGCUGGGUCAUCAACCUGAACCAGCUCCUUCUCGGCUGUGGCCACCUCCUUCCUACCUGCAUCAUGGGCAGGCAGACCGCAGGCUGCAGCUCCCGUCCCUGCCCCAGAGCAGAGGGAGCCCAGCUGGUGGAGGAGGAAGUAAGAAGGCACCGACCGGGGUGGAUUUUGAAGACUCCUGACCCAGCCUGGACCCUCUGAUGUGCAUCUCCUUAAUGAAGCUUUUUAAUGACCUGUGCAAACUGUGGUGAUUUAGCGCCCUACCUAGGAACUUCCAGCCUCCUGCCACGCACCAUGUGUGAAUGCUGAGAGCCUUGCCCGGCCCUGUGCUCAACCACAUCGUGGGGAGUGGACGUGGCACUUGCAAUCUGAGGGCCAGGAACCCUCCACUACAACCAUGAGCCAUGCAGCCAGGGCGGGGAGCAGAACCUCCAACGGAGGCCAUGGCCUGAGCUCUGGGCAGAGUGGCUACCCUUCUCAAAAUGCAACCCAGGGGGUCGAGCCCAUGCCACCCAGCUGCUCUCUUCAGUCCCCCGCUGCUGGCAGGCCGUCUCCCUCGCUCCGCGCAAUGGGCUUGGCAUGAAUUAUGGUUUUAAUGACUUUUCCACCAAUGUUUUAACUCCACGCCGUGUGUCGGUAAUUUAUUCUAAAUAAACCCAUGACUCCA